AGUUGGGAAUUUAGGAUGGACUACUUUUCAUGGAAUAAUAUUGAAAUAAUCGGAUUUUCAUAGUAAAAACAAGAACUACAAGAAAUAAAAAAAUAUACACGAUGAUUUUCAUGGUGAAAAAGUUGCUGAUACAUUUUAAAUAAUCAAUUGUGUAUAUCCUUAGCAGGGUAAUGUAAAAUGUAAUGCAAAAUGGCUUGUCCGUAUGAAUAAAUAAAUAAAAAGGUAUACAAAAUACUGACGAAUUAAACAACAAUAACAAAAUAUGAAUAGUACGGAGUUGUGAACUCAGAAUGGACUACUUUUCAUGGAAUAAUAUUGAAAUAAUCGGAUUUUCAUAGUAAAAACGAAAACCAAAAGAAAUAAAAAAAUAUACACGACGAUUCUCAUGGUGAACAAGUUGCUGAUAAAUUUACACAAAUCAAUUGUAUAAAUUAGUUGGAUAUCAUACAAAAUAUCUACUGACGAUGAUGACUUGGGCAACAAAAACGAUAUGUAAUUUAUUAGGAACUAAGAACUCAGAAUGGGCUACUUUUCAUGGAAUAAUAUUGGAAUAAUCGGAUUUUCAAAGUAAAAACGAAAAAUAGAAGAAAUAAAAAAACAAACACAAUGAUUUUCAUAGUGAAAAAGUUGUUGAUAAAUUUUCAAUAAUAAAUUACGUAUUUCCCUUGUAGGAUAUCACAUAAAAAACAGACGAAUUGAACAACAAUAACGAUAUAUGAAUUAUCGAUUCGACAAUUGUCAACAAAAAGUUUUUGAGUAUUUAAUGAUGAAUAAUUUAUCGCUAUCACGCUACUAUAAAAAAUUAGAAUAGAAACUAUGAGAAGUGGAUCUACAGUUGCACGAAAUUUUUAUUCAUUCGUCAAAGGAAUUACCUCAAAUUGGAAGCUAAUUUAUGUCCAAAUUGGGAUAUUUUUAUUUCACAAUAGAAAGACGAUGCACGUUGGUCUAGUCUCUGUUGGGAGGACACUAGAAUGAAUUAUUGACGAAGGUCAUCCUUAAAAAAUUUACUUGUUUACGAAAACAUCUUGACAUGACAUACAAUUGAAGUGAUCUGUCUGGACAAUACUGAUCUUUCCACCCCUAAACAGUGGUGAGAAGUGCCAAGAUGAGUUUGAAUAAAACUGUGGAUUUAUCUGUCAAUAACAAUACCAAUAUACCAUGGCUUUACGAUAUAAGCUUAGAAGACACCAACUGGAUUAUAACCAGCGCCUUUAUGAUCUUUACUAUGCAAACUGGAUUUGGUAUGCUAGAAUCAGGUUGCGUAUCAAUCAAAAACGAAGUCAAUAUAAUGAUGAAGAAUGUUGUAGAUAUCGUUCUUGGUGGGUUGACUUAUUGGUUUUUUGGUUUCUCGAUGUCUUUCGGAAGGAGUCCUAUGAACAAUAAAUUUAUUGCUUUUGGGGAUUAUUUUGUGGAUCCUCCUUUAGAUGAUAAACUCAAGGGUGCUAUUUAUGCUGCGUUUAUAUUUCAGCUUUCUUUCGCAACUACAGCUACAACUAUUGUUAGCGGAGCUAUGGCUGAAAGAUGUAAUUUCAAAGCCUAUUGCGUCUUCAGUUUCUUGAACACAGCAAUCUAUUGCAUACCAGCUGGCUGGAUGUGGGGCGAACACGGUUUCUUGAAACAAAUGGGAGUGGUUGAUAUAGCUGGUUCUGGAGCUGUUCAUCUCAUUGGAGGAAGCUCUGCCAUGGCAAGUGCUAUAAUGUUGGGCCCACGUUUGGGCCGCUAUGACAACGGAAGGAAACCCUUACCCUUGGGAAAUCCCGUUAAUGCUGUGAUGGGUCUGUUCGUUCUUUGGUGGGGCUGGUUAGCUUUCAACUCCGGUAGUACCUAUGGGCUCAGUGGUGAAAAAUGGCACUACGCUGCUAGGGCAGCUGUGAUGACUAUGAUGGCAUCUUUUGGAGGUGGUACCUUGAGCAUCUUAUAUUCAUUGGUACGUUUGAAAGGAAGGUUAGACGCCAUGGAUGUUAUUAAUGGAAUACUUGGUUCGUUGGUGUCUGUAACUGCAGGUUGUUUUCUUUACAAAGGUUGGCAUUCAAUCUUGGUUGGAGCAAUAGGAGCUUUAUUCACCUGUCUUUCGAUGCCUCUCUUUGAUUUGGUGGGAAUUGACGAUCCAGUUGGCGCUAGUGCAGUACACGGUGUUUCGGGACUCUGGGGGGUCCUAGCUGUUGGGAUCUUCGCCGAGAAUCCAUACCCCUUAGACACGACCAGUGGCAGGUCAGGUGUGCUCAAUGGUGGCGGUUGGUACCUCUUGAGUGUCCAGUCGCUUGCAGGUAUCUGCCUGUUGACAUGGGGAGUUAUUUCAAGUUUCUUCCUCUUAUGGUUCAUCAACCUGUUCAUCACGAUAAGAAUGGAAGUGCAGGAUGAGCUGCUGGGAGCUGAUUUGACGGAGCAUUUUGUUAGACAUGGCAACGUUGGUGUUUCCAGAGCAUUAUCAGCAUUGAGAAGCGUUUACGACACUAGGGAGAUCGAAAAACUUCACGAUAUAGGUCACAAUCCAGGUCACGAUCUAAAUCUGAAGAUGGUGCAAAAAUUGGCCCACAAGAGGAAGUAUCGUCUAUCACAAAUACUUUGCGAUCUUACCAAGGAUAGAAAAUUAGGAUGCAAUUCCCCAAAAUCGCUCAUUCCUAAAAGGAGGUUCAAGAAGAAAAUGAACGUCUCCAAUGGUCAGGAGAUGAAAAACGGAUCAAAUGUGGAUAAAAGUGGAGUCAUCUUUAAACCUGAACCACCCACGAGAAGACUAAGUACUGCAGACACUACUGUGUCUACGACGUUAGCUUGGGUCAAUUGACGUUUGAUAAUUCCAAAAAAUCUGUAAUUUAACUUUCUUCUGGAAAUUACAGUAUUUUAGGCAUUAA